UGCUUUUCUUCAUGUCUUGUCCUGUUCCUCACAAGAAGCUUUCAGCUGUGAUGCUCUGGCUCCUGUAGUGGAGAGAGCUGGAUAAACCAUGAGGUUGGCAGGCACAGAUGCUAGAGCAUGAACGUCCAGGGAAUGUACUGAUAAAAACUCAGCACCAUUCAUUCUUUGACAGAUGCUUUUUGAGAAAGUCUGGUUUCAAAGCCCAGGCACUGCAGGAUCUCAUUGGUUUUGUGGAGAGAUGACUAAAGAAAACGAGAUGAGAAAAAGUGGGGUGAAACUGCCUGGAGAUCUUCAGUGCACCUAGCACUACAAAUGGAAAAGCUCAUCCUAAAGGAGGGAAGGAGUGGCAGAAGACAGAUCAGCUUUACACACCCUGUGGAGGAGGUGGGCGGAAAGAAAGGAAAGGAGUAAGACCUGGGAAGUUGCAGAAAACAGUAGUGUCACACUGGUUUGCUGCAUUUGAGUGAUCAGAAGCUUUCCAGAGGCCAGUGUGUCUCCUGAAGUUGCCUAGCUAAAAGUCUGAGCAUCUGUCACAAAGAGUCAAGACCACAGAGCCUGAGUCAAUUAAACUUGCUGUGGCCACAGUAAAGAUACAUCUACAGCAAGCCAGCAAUGGCAGCAGCCCAAGACCCCCAGACAUAAAUCGGAUCCAAACUGGAGAGGCAGGAAGGCACGCAAGAGGGGACGCCGGCACCGCGCAGCCCCCCCGAAGCCAUGUACAGGAGCAGCUUCCUCCGCGAGGUCCGCAAGGAGAAGUACGAGCGCUCGGACGCCUACGAUGAGCUGCGGGGCUCCCCCGAAUUCGACAGCUUGGCCCAGGCCCAAGGCCUGGAGAACCUGCAGGAGCUGAACGAGCGCUUCGCCAGCUACAUCAACCGGGCCCGCGUGCUGGAGCAGCGCAACGCCAUCCUGCGCAAGCAGCUGGACACCUUCCAGCGCAUGGACGAGCUGGUGGGCUUGGACGAGGCCUUCGCUGGGCAGAAUGAGUUCAACCGCCAGCGAAUGCGGGAGCUGGCGUCUGACCGAGCCAAGCUGGAGCGGGAGGAGAAGGAUGCCCAGCGCAUGCUCGACGAGUACCGCAACAAGUACAGAAAUGAACGUGAAUAUCAGCAGAAGCUAAAAGAAACCCUUGAACGCCUCAAUAAGGAAGCGGACGAAGCGCUGCUGUGCAACCUGGAGCUGCAGAUUGAGUCCCAGUUCCUGCAGGAUGACAUCAAUGCCACGAAGGACAGAUACAAGAAGAACCUUAUGGAAAUCCAGACCUACGUCAAUAUUUUACAGCAGAUCAUCCAGACAACCCCUCGCGUGUCCCCCAUAACCACUGGCAUAUCUGAGGAAAAACUGAUAGCAGAGAGGAGGAUCCCUGUUCUACAGAGCCAGCUGGAGGAAUACAAGAGCAUCCUCUGCCAGCUACAGGCACAAAAAUACAAGCUGCAGACAGAGACAACCAUGCUGGAGCAAGCGAUUAAAAACACCCAGGAGAGUUACGACGAUGAAAUUCAGCUUUACAACGAGCAGAUCGAAAACCUCAGGAAGGGGAUAGAAGAAGCUGAGAGGACCUUGGAGAAGUACACGACCGACUGCCGCCAGCUGGUGAUCUACCAGCAGUCCCUGGAGAACGAGCUGGAACGCUACAAACGCAUCAUCGAGAACGAGGACAGCCGGUUAAACUCUGCUAUAGCAGGAACGCCAGUCACACUCUUCACGCAGAUCUAUAGACCUGUCCAGCCUCAAGCUUCAAGGGGAAGAGAUAUCACCCAGGCUAUGCAGGAGAUUGCCAGUGUAAAGCCCAGGCAAAAAGCGCUGACAAAGAAAAUUUUCAGGAAAAAGGAGAUCAUGUCUAAAGACAUAACCGACGGGCUCUCGCCUGAAAAAACGUAUGAAAGAACUCUGGAAGUUUUUGACCUUGACCAAGAUCAGAUGGAGUUCAGGCAUGAAGGCUCGGUCACAUGUGAACCUGGGCAGGAAGGAUUAAAACUUGUUGAAAAAGAAAUAGUCCCAGAGGAUGUACCCGAUGGAGCCCAGAUAAGUAAAGCCUUUGAUAAAUUGUGUAACAUUGUGAGGGAGAAAAUAAGAGUUUACAAGCGACCAGAAGCUAAAACUGAUUCCCAUCCUAAAGGACGUUACGUGCUGGUAACUGGGGAGGGAGGCUAUGAAGAACCUUGCUUCUUGUCCUCCUCCAUCCCGGCUGGGGGAGGGAUCACGGUUUCCACCAGCAAUGGGAAGGUGACAAUCAGUGGUGAUGUGGAGCCCAUACCAGAGCUGCCCGAGCCCACUGAGCCAUCAGAAAAGAGGGAUGUCUGUGAAAGGAGGGAAGAGUUUGAACCCCAAGAUAAACUGAAAGAAGAAGAGAAAGAAGACAUGUUUGAAUGGGACAAAAGAAGAGGAAAAAUUGAGCAAAUCACAAAGUAUCCAGACAUCUCUGAGCCUGAAACAACUCCUUCCCCAGGUCCCAUAAGCCCAACAGAGCCAGGAGUCCUUCGAGAGACAGAGUAUGACCGCGAAGAUAAGCAGGACCUUCUCUUCAGGGAAGCAGGCUUGCCUGGCUCAAUGAGCUAUGAGAAGGUGGAGGUGGUGGAGUCCAUCGAGAAGUUUUCCGAUGACAGAAUUCAGACGUAUGAAGAGACAGCAAUGAUCGUGGAGACGAUGAUAGAGAAGACAAGCAAGAAGAAACCGGGUGACAAAGGCUCUUAAGUGACACGCACCCUCGGUAGUCAACUUGUCUGGCGUAGUUCUUAAAUGAUGUAUUCUUUUUUCCUGACCGAAUGAUACAGUAGUGAGAGUUUUGCUGUUUGGUAUGGACUAGAUUGAGACUUUGAUGGCAAUCCUGUCUGAUGUAGGCUCACCUUUGGUGUAACAACUGUGAGAACGCUCCAGGACGAGGAGCAGUAGGCACAUUCUGUGCGACUUAUUUUCAUGAUUAGGACAAGUUGAAAUUAAUUACCAUUAUUGAGUUGCCUGGCUUUCCAAAGUAUCCAGGGCAGGUUGCCAGUGCAUAUUCCCCUACUGCUUCUCUAGCUGCCAUACGAUUCCUCCUCUCUCAGACAGCUGCAAAUGUUAACUUGUGACAUCUGGUUCCUUUAAUAAAAGCUUUGCCUUCUACAGAAAUACCCAUUGCGGGUGUGUGUUGCCUUUACCGUUGCACGCUAGGCUCUGCUAUUAAAAGUUACCUGACUGGGUAUGCAGGAAUCUUUCCAAAGGAGGAGCUGAAAACCUGACUUUUGUAACCUAUUCCACACCUCUCUCAUUUACAGUCUUUAACUAGAGGUGAGCUUGGCAGAAUGCUCUUUUUGGGUAUGAAGAGAAACUCUCCGUGUUUGAAAUAAGCUCUUACUGCACAUCUUCUCAGAAUAAAAUUUGAAGUUCCACCAAAGUAAAGCAAGGAAAACCCUUAUAAAAUAUACUAAAAGCAUAAUUUUUCUUUCACCAGCACAAUUAAGGUAUUUAAGAUUGGCAAGCAGCUUUUAAGCAGACUGCAGACAAUUUAAAAGACUGCAUUUUGGUAUUUUCUCAUUAGGCAUUUCCUUGGACUGUAGCAUUUUGCAGUUUAACUCUGCUAUGUGAGCCUGUUGCAUCCUAGUCACCUGCAGCACCACAGGGAACAACGAGUGGUGCCUUCCCAUGUCGCCAUUCCUGGAGAAGCACAAAGCAGUACUUCUGUAACAUCCUCCAGAGAUCCUUGACUCAGGAAGAGGAAAAAGAAGUCCCUGCAGAUGUGUUCAUGUAGAGCAUGAUUUAAAGCUCUGCUGCAGUAAAUCAUUUAGGCCUCAGCUUGACUUUAGGCUUAACAAAACCAACAAACCAUUAAAGUAAAGUACCCAUUGAAAUGCUUUACUGGGUUGGCUCUGCACUUUUCCUUCUCCCGUCCCAGCAGAGUUUUUAAAGUUUUAUUUUCGAGCGCACUGCAUUGUUAGGGCUUUCCUUUCUAUCUCAUUAUGCCUGUCAGCUGGGGAAGAAAGAGCUGGCUAGCCUGAGCUCGUGACUUCUUGACUGUCUUCUCACAGCCAGUGAGACUUUCCUUCAAUAUUGUUAUUUUCUCCUUAGUAACUUCCAGUGCAGGUUUAGUAUCGCAUCUGUUGUGGCUGUUCUGUCUGGUGAAAUGGCACCUUAUUCUUGAAACCAGGGACAGGUGAUCCCAGACAGUCACUUUUUUUAAGUCAGGAUUAUUUUUGGAUGCUGUUUUAUUGAAAAGCUGUGGGAAUAGAUGCCAGACAUUUCUUGCUACAGGUUUUGGUGAUCUUGAGUUUCUUAGCACUGUAAAUAACUGCAUAGAAGGGAUUUAUCAAAGCAUGCGCAGGCUGCACUCUGGUGAGCUGGGAGCAGCUGCUCAGCGUUACUCCUGCUGGAAGCAGGUUGUGACUACUGCAAGUACAAAGAAGUCUGCAGCAACAGGAAGCCUGGUUAAUAAUUCCGGAACAAAACAGGAUGCAAACAGAUUCGUGCGGCAUGUAGCCAGAACUGGGUAAUCCCCAGCCAUCUUAAUCUCACUGCAGUACAGAGAACUUAAUGUUCAGAAUAUAAAAAAUCCCUUAGUGGAUGGAAAGGAAGCAAUAUUUCAGGAGAGCCUGAGUUAGGUACCACAGGUGUGACUAUCCCCUGCCACUUCCAGCUGUUCCGUGCUGGCACACAGAGGUUUUUCUGAUGCUCAUAAGCCCUGGUCAGUGGCUGCUCAGUGUAAAGGGGCUCCUGCGGUGCAGGAGCUGGGCAGCACGUGGUGGUCCUGCACCAGCAACGCGGAGCUGCAGGACUCAAACCGAGCUGGUGCUGAGUGCGCCGCUGACAGCAGCCUCAGGGGAAAUCAAGGACCAAGAAGCUCUACGGCCUAAAUGCUGAUCAGAUCGCUGGCCUGCCACAUGCACGCACAGCAGUGGCCCAGUAGGGCAGCAGGUGGUGGGCAGAUCCUCAUUGUGAAAUACAGAUGACAAGGAUAUAGAAAAGCACCAGUACACAUUGUUGGCAGUGACAGUGCUGUUAAAUCUCCUGAUAGGUGGAUUAACCGCUGCUUUAAAUGCAGAUUCUCAAAUACUAAAAUGCUGAAGUGUAAUGAUGAAAUACUUCUGAGCAUCUGUUCAGUAAAGCCUGGGCUGAGGCACAGGUUAACACAGCCACGUUCCUGCCUCAGUGAUAACAGCUAGAAAAGGAGCCUCCCGGCCAUCUUUUACUACUGCAGAAAUAGUAAGAAAUUAUAUUUCAAAAGCACACACACCCUGUACUAUGGGAUUAUGUGUGUUUAAAAAGUAUCCAAAAGUGUGAGUGGGAAGUAGGGAGGUAGAGGGAAACCAGUUUUUUUGUAUGUCUCAAAGUGCUCCAUACAGCAGAGAAAAGCACUGCUGUGGCAGAUCCUGUUGUUUCUUCAGGGCCUGAACUGCCAUUGCUUAUGAAACACGGUUCAAAAAAUGUCACUGUCUGUCCUGAGCAUCCAUCCCCUUCCCCAGUGAGAGCAGCAGUCCGGCAGCCGCACAGCCUCGCACACUUGCAGAGCUUUCCCUGGAGCCUGGAUGAACCAUGUAAGUAAUGCCCAAGGCUCCUCCUAGCCUGCACCCAUAAUCUCCUGCAUCCCACCACGUCACAGAGCUAACGUAAAGCCUGUUACCAUUCACGUACUGCUAUCAGCUGGUUCGUAGGAUCGUGUUUGUUUUCUUAGUCUCCAACAUG